AUGCUUUGCUUUGCAGAAUUUACAUGUAAAGUUGAUGCAAUAUAUUAUGCAACAUCAAGUGCUAUCAAAGGUGUAUUCUCUGACGGUAAUUCAACAGUGACGAUACUAUCAGAAAGUAACGUGAAGUUAAACUACGAUUCUUUGAGUGAAAGGCUCCUCUACUAUGAUGAUGAUAAUUUAAUAAUUGUUAAACUGGACGGCAGUAAUGCAACUAUAAUAGCGUCUCUCUCUACCAUAUUACGAUUUGCAGUAGAUCAUACAACAAGGAACGUGUACUACAUUACUAAUUUAUUCAGAAACGUUCGCAGCAUUGAUCUGGAUACUGGAGCUGACAAUCUUGUAAGUUCUGAUCUUGGAAGUGGUGUUGAAGAUUUGGAUACUGAUCCAAAUAACAGGUAUCUGUUAACUGCCAUUUAUUGUAAUAGACUACGUAGAGAAAAUAAACGGCAUUGGUGAAGCCAAAAAUUGUGUCUAAGUUUAACAAUUGCGCUAUUUUUAAUUUCGUGAAAUGAUUCAGAUGUUGGUGAAUACCUGUGAUACAUUUCCUUACACACCAUGUUGAAAACGAGAACAUAAUAAGACAUCAAUACAUAGAUAUUUUAUCCUCUCAAUUAGUGAAAGCUAUAAGUGACGUAUAAUAUUCCCACAAAUUGCAGUUAAGAGUUUUGAUCUUUAUACUGGGUUUUUAUUUUUAUUUACAAACUAAGGAAUGUUAAUUAUUACUAGAAAAUACAUGCAUGCAGAAUCCCUCGCCUUGUUGACAAAACUAUUGUAUUUUCCGAACAUGAAGUAUAUAAAUUAGUUGUCAUGGUAACACGAUAAUUUUAUUAAGAAUAUUUUUACAAAUGAAAAAUCUCCAAAACUGUCACUUUCAAUUACAAAUUUAUCAAUUUCCCAAAAGAAAAAGUUUGUUAGGUAUGUUAUCAUACGUAAUAUAAGCUUCAUUUUAAGUUAAAAUCCAACCAACCACAAACGCUUCGCAGGACGCUUUAAAUGUUGUUUAUAAAACAAAACUGCCUUUGUUGAUGAACUUUGAGUUUGAAAUAAAGUGAUUUCAAAUUCUCGCAUGCAAUUAAUUUUCCUUUCUUUUUUAUUUAGAAAUUUUAAUACAAUAAAAAAGGGUAAUCAUUAAAGAUUAGACUUCGAGCUGUCCUUUCUUUUCGCGGGUUUAGAUUUCCGGGCAUGCGAAAGGAAACGAUGGACUGCCGACAACACAUCAAAAAACGAAAUAGGGGUUCCCCACACAACGCAAAAUUUCGGUCCCAUUAUGGUCGAAAUCAAUAUGCCUGUCAAUCAAAUCUGAUACGCAGUUAUAAUUAUGCUAUAAAUAAUUUCCAGACUGAAUGUUGAUUUUAUAAAUAAACAUGACAUUAACGGUUAAUCCUAUUGGAUAGUUUUAAUCGGAUAUAAGUUAUAAUGUUUAUGCAAAGGCGGAGCCAACUUGACACGAGCGAAAAGUGGGCAUAUUUCGUUUUUUAAGUUGUUGUGGGGGGUCCCUCCUUUCUCCCGAGAGACUGCUCGCGGUCAAAUAAAGAUACACUGAAAUUACAUGCUGUCCAUUUUAAUGUAAAAUAUACGCAAAGAUCAGCUUUUAAAGGAAUUAUUAAGCAAAAUAAACAUCAAUAUUUGAAACAAACUUACCUUCCUGAACGUCGGCGCCUUUGCUCCCUUCUUUUAUCAAAUAUUUCGCUUUUAUUCUAUUUCGCUUUGAAAUUUACAAAAUCUUGAAAAAUUAAAUUUAUUUGCAAGAAAUCAUCAAAUCAAGAAGUGUUGGCUGGUUCGCUGUCGUCGCGCAGUCGUUAAAAUGAAAAUGUUAAAUUGGUCCAAUCAGUGUUCGCUAUUUAUGACACUCCGUUAUAUUACGAAGUCAGUGAGGAUGACCAGUCACCUACCCACCUACGCACAGUAAUGCGCGCCUGCAAUCAUCAGUGAAAUUUAGACUUGGCUAACGCCUUCUUCUCCGGUUGUAAAUAGCCGAGCGGUAUUAGUACCCUCGCCCCGGGCUUACGCUUGGAACGGCGCUCUGCGGCGUUGGCACGGGGACUAGGUUAGUAUAUUCAACAUAUUGAGCAACGGUGAUUACUACUUAUCCAUAGUCUAAAGCUUUGCCAAUAUUUGCGAAAACAGUCCUAACACGAUUAUCCUAGUGAAUUCCUUCUCCCCCCCCCCCAAAUUGUAAUAGUAGACUGACUAAAAUAAAAGCCAGACUAAAAUAAAACGAAAUAAAUUCGUGCUAAUUAUAUGAAAUACGCGAAUUCCAAAAUAGGUACUAUAACCGUCAUGUUUUCUAAUUUCAGGUCGCUUGUAUUUGCUGGUGCAAGCAACGGAGAUAUUGUUCGCUAUUUCCUUGAUAAUGGCGCACAAGAAGUUGUUUACAAUAACAAUAGAUCUCCUCGAUUUCUGUCAGUGGACUCCGAGUAUGAAGUAAUUUAUUGGAUUGACUAUAUCGCUGCUAAUGAUAGCUACUUUCUUAUGAAAACAUACUUCAAUGGCUCAAUUUCGCAAGUAAAUUAUUAUUAUCCUUGUACGACAAGCUCAAUCAAAAUUGCAAUUGGUAGAGACGAUUUUUACGUUAUGGACAGUACAAGAGGUCGUAUUGACAGAUUUGACAGACGUACAGUCUCUUUGCAAAAUACAUUCUAUCUGGGCGAUACGGCUGAAGAAUUUACGAUUGUUCAAGGUAAGGUAUCAUUGUUUUGUUCUCAUUUCCUUAUAUUGCAUGUCGCAUGGAAAUAUACGCGUACCAUGAUGUGCUGCAAUGGCAACUGUCUGAAAAGCACGCCAAAAAUAAGGAAAAAGCACGUCAACUAUAUUGUUUCGUUUUGUAUGAAUAUGAAGCUGGUGCACACAAACUUUUUUGUCUUUCAGAAAUUAGUAUAAUUUUUUAAUAUUCUCUAAUUCGUGCAUCACAAUAAAAGGGAGUUAGAGAUUAAUCCAUAGGAUAUACUGAGCAUGCCAAUCCCGAAACCAUGAUCGUAUAAUGCCACCAAAAAUCCUAAUUAAGAUAAGAUACUGACUGAUGAGAUAAGCUUAAUUAAUAAAAGCUCUUUUAAAAAACGUCUCUCAUCUUACAACAAGAAUUCAUUCCUUUCCUAAAAAAAACACUACAUGGUUGCUUGGGCUAAGGCGCGGCUUGGCCCAAAGCCCUGGCCGCUGUGCGCAAAUACUUAGAGAAUUUUAUAAUAUAAUUGGGAUAUGACAGACAAUUUCAUUAAUUGGCUAAUGCACAUGCCUUGUGACGCGAUAAAUCACGGUGAUCACUGGCACUGUCUUGCUUUUUCUGCGUUUUCUCCCGCCAUCUCUGUUUUUGAGCCAUAAAUAUAAACAAACUUUUAAAUACAAAAAUUUUGCAAGAAGCAAGAAGGAAAACACCAAAGGAGCACAGCAAUUUUAUCUAUAGCUUUGUUUUUGUUUCGACAAGUUUUGGGCAAGAGCGUGCAAAAUAGCUGAGAAAAAUCUUAUAAAAGAUGCAGGAAUACCAAAAACAUAGAAAUGGCAACAAAAACUGAACAGAAGUGAUCUAGAAAGUACCUUCAAUUAUUCUGAUAAAGGCGGCUAGAUAUAAUUUCGGGGAAAGGCAAAAAUUACAAUUAAUUUCAAAAUUAAAAAAUGAGCAAUACGACGAAACCUACGAUUUAACGUCUUUCGUCCAGCAGCCCAGAUGUUAAAAAACCUUAGCAAAUUAGUUUGUGUAUCUCUAGAUCCCCCCCCCCCCACCCCAACUUUCAAAACAGUUUCACCCUCAACUUUACUUGACAAAAGCUUGUUUGAAAGUAUGCAUAAUUAUCCCAUAAUGUGGAGCAUAUCAAAAGAGAAGCAGGUAUUAAUAUGAUAGGUUCGUACAAUUUCGAAACUUGGCCAAAAUUCUAAAUCAACGCAAAUUGCUUUUGUAGAUUUGGAUGAAUGUUGCAUUGGCGGUUAUUGUCAUGACAAUGCAACAUGUACAAACACGCCUGGAAGCCAUUUCUGUACAUGUAAGGAGGGCUUUAUUGGGAAUAACACACACUGUGAAGGUAUAAAUAGACUUACUAUAUUUUCAAUUACAAUAUGAUUAUACCCACUCAGCCAAUCACCGCCCAGCGGUUUCAUUCUCUAUAUCCCCUAAUCACAAGUCGUAUAGCAAUCAUAAGUGAGAUUAUGAAACUUUAUAUUGGUUUGCUCUAUAUAGAAGGCAAGAAUUACCACUCGCCAAAUUAACUAAAUACCCUAUGCAUAAUAACUCUACAUCCAAAUUCCAUAUUUACUUACAAAGACUCACCAAAAAAAUAUAAUUAUGACACUGAAAACAGUACGAACAUCAACAACGGAUAGACGCCACAUUAAUUACGAUUAAUCUACCGUUUCUAAACAAACAAAACCACUCUCCUCCGCAGAGUCGUAUAAUUAAACACGAAAGCUAGCCAUACUCAGAAAAUGUAAAGCAUGCACGUAAUUGGUGAACGUGCGCGGGGAAGGAAGGGAAAAUGAAAAAAAUAGCGCCAAUUUCUAAAUUCCGUAAUGGCAUAAAAUUACUUCAAUAGCUUUGGGCUAGGCCUGGUGGUAAAGCGGGUAUAAACUUGAAACGUGUAUACUGGAGAUGCUAAGACAAAGUUAUCACAGUCGAGUAAUAUCUUAAUACCAUAAUCAUACUCGUGAUUAACAAAUCAACCUCCCGCUACGCAGUCGGUUGAUUUUGUAAUCACUCGUAUGAUUAUGGCAUUAAAGUAGUAAAAGACCCCUAUCUGGGGACAGAAGUAAUUAGUAUGCAAAGUUAGGUGCUGGAAGUAAUUAGUAUGCAAAAUAUAUGGCGUCACAAUGCUGGGCAGGCCUGGGCCAAACGUGACAGGUAGCGCGACCAAUUAGCGCGGGCAAGCCUUGCCAUUGCCAUUGAUUUUCAACCAUUCCAAACAUUGCCAUUGACUGGUUUAUUAAAAUUUAGCACUUUGCUUCGGAAAUUUGGUUUAAAUUUAGCACUUUGCUUCGGAAACAAGUGAGAGCAUUUGCUGCCUUGCUGAUUGUGAAAUUGGGCGAUUGGGUCCCAUUUCUAAAGACCUAAACACUCUCAAAUGCCUUUUAAAACCACAAGUACAGAAACAUCAAAUCUAUUGACUGUGAUCAAAUACAGUACACCUCUGGAAUGUUAUUGCCAUGGUUUUGCCACUGACCUCUAUAUAAUAUGUGUACAUGUGUAAACUAUCAGCCAUUCCUUGCGUUAUCAACAAUAUAGUGUUGUAAUUAUCAACCGUUAACAGCAAUAAGUUAAUUAGUGGGUUGUAACCCUAACCGUAACCCCUAACUUUGCCAUAACCUCUAACCCCACCCCCUAAACUCUAUCCCCACCCCCUAACCCUAAAGCGGGUGAAGUUCGCCCAAACCAACUUUACACAACUUGAUUCCUGCCACACCAUAAUAUUGUGUGUUUAAGUACAGUAACACAUGGGUUGGGUAAAAAUUAUUUAGACCAAUGUCGAGGUUGGGUAAAUAAAAAAAUUACAGUGUUUUUUGCUUCUCUUCGGUACCAAUCCCAGGUAUAAAUAAUGAACGGUCCCUUAUGUACGAAAAGUAUAUAAGCACAACGAGUCGUGAGAGAACACAUGUUUAUAGGAGGGGAGAGAAAAUAUACUCGCUCUAUACUUAUCGCAGCAUAGCCAUGAUAAAAUAUAAUUGAAACCAAAUCUGCCAAAUCUGCGGCACCGGUUAUCGGGCAUUACCUGAACAAUAAGUGACUGUAAACAGCGUGAUUUAGACCUAAAUGCCUUUAGCCAAUCGUACAUCUUUAGCUAAGGUAGUUUUAUAAGCCUAGGCUUGUUUACUCGAAGAAAUAAAGCUUUUGACGAGCUCUUUGGUUAUUUAUUGAACUACAUGACUCGACGUUGAUUAUAUGAACAUACGGUCAUUCGGGUCAAAUAAGGGUUACGAAAACAUUCGUCAAAAAUUCAAUUCUAAAGCCCGCCGCACACGAGCGCACUUGUCGCGCGUACUUGUUUUUCGUGGCAAGUUGGAUUGACAAAAUUUCCUCGUGUGCGGGCAGCAUUUACGGCAUUUUUGUCAUUCGUGACAUGUAUACCAAAUAUCAAACAUGUUUGAUAUUUUUCGUCAUUCAGGACAAAAAAAUUCUCGUGUGCGGCGAGCAAACGACAAGCGCGCCUGAAUAGGAAAAUUUGCGCAUGCGUGCAACUUGCAGAAUUGAAAACAAGACACGAGCUCGUGAUUUUGAUCCGCCAUGUUGUUUUUAAUUCUGCAAGUUGCACGCAUGCGCAAAUUUUCCUAUUCAGGCGCGUUUGUCGUUUGGUCGCUGCACACGAGAAUUUUUUUGUCACGAACGACGAAAAAUAUCAAACAUGUUUGAUAUUUGGUUUACAUGUCACGAAUGACGAAAAUGCCGUAAAUGUUGCCCGCACACGAGGAAAUUUUGUCGAUCCAACUUGUCACGAAUAACAAAUACGCGCGACAAGUGCGCUCAUGUGCGGCGGGCUUAAGUUGCCCAAAAAUGUUAUUUGAUCAAUAGGAAGCGAAAACAUAUUUCUUUGAUCUGGGUAUUAAUUUUUUGUCUGAAUCGAUGUAACAAUGGAGAUAUUCGCUGCCUAAUAUGGCAUAUAAUAAAGAGGUUCGAAAAUAAAAACAUUAAGAAAAUCUGUAAAAUAUUCACUUUUUACAGAAAUGUCUCUAAAUUUCGUCUGAUAAUCAAUAAAUAUUUCUAAUUUAUAAAACGAAAUCAUAUUUUAUGACAUAUUCCCAUUAUCGUGCAAAAUAGAGCGAUUUUAGUAGUGUCAUAAAAUGACCCGUAAAAAUCGAAAGUGGCCUGGGAAAACGAAUUUCGACGUCACUCUCCUUAAAUAUUUAUCCGAUCAAAAUAAAAUUUUCACAACAUUAAUACUUCAUAUAGGCUUAUACAUUCUGACAAAGUUUGAAGGAUUUUGAAUUUUCUCAUUUUACAUGUCUUACCUGACUAUUACAGACAACCGCUCUUAAUUUAGUAAACUGUUUUGUGUCAUAACCAGUUUAAUGAACUAUUAAAGAUUUCUGUACGUGAUUAUAUUUCAUAUAGAUAUUAAUGAAUGUGAAACACAAGCUCCGUGUCAUGCAAAUGCUACUUGCAAAAACGUGGAUGGAUCAUACUACUGUGCCUGUAGUGGAAAUGGCUUCUUUUGUGAAGGUAAAUGUUUUGAGAAUGUUUGAAAAAAUGUGCAUAAAUUUUUUGAAAUCUAGCAGUUAUUUCUUGAAUAAACGAGAAUUCCCAGAACUGGAUUCAGAAUUUGGCCAGUAAUGUCAUACAAUCUCGCACAAAAGGAAUACUCGGAAAAGGAAAGUUCAGUUAAUUCUUUUUAAAACAAAAAAGCCCUUUUGUAGAUUCUUUAUCGUUUUAUUUUUGUUUAUUUUGUUUAUUGCCAAACAAAAUGAUUUUACAUAUUUUGAUUAAAGUUAUUAUUUACAUAGUUCCUAGGCUAGUGGUCUUUGUGAGACCCUGAAGGACUUUUGAUUAAAGCUAAGACCCCUAUGAUAACAUAAAUUUGGUAGAAAUUAGACUAUAGAUAUAACAGUAAUUAUUUGUUCAUGGAAAGUAACUAAUAUCAACGAAGUAUAAGAUAUGUGUUAAAUAAGUGUUGAAAAAGUUUAAAUUGUCUUUCAUGGUAUAUAUACAUGUAGUAAUUAAUAAAAGGUUAUAUUACAAUAUAUAGAAUAUAAUAGAUUGAAAGUCAGUUAAUAAGAGCAACCAAAAUCCAUUCUAUUUCCAAUAAAGUUCCAUACAAUUGCCAUUCUAUGACCUUUUAUGGAUUUUCAAUUUUUUUCCAGUGCGCCCAGAUAAUAAGGCUUUACGCCAUGAAUCUACACCCGUUUAGCAUACACCUCAACGGGUAUUACCCAUAUGUUCUCAAUUGAGAAUAUUCGGUAUUACCCGUGCCAGACUAUCGCCUGCGCUACCUGACGCUGACGCUUUCGCAUAUCAUUAUAUAUAAACCAAUCACAAUCGUGUUUCUAUCACACGUUCUUCUCGAGCUUUGAGUUGCCAUAUUUGAAAACAUUUCUAGCAGAUUUUGUAGUCUAUUUGCGAUUCUGUGCAAUGAAAUGGAGAUAGGAAAGAGAACUAGAGUAAGCGACAAUCAGAGAGAUAUUUUGGAAAGGUUUUACGGCCGUUGAAUGGUCGGUGUUGGUCUAAAUUAUCGCAAAAUGAUCGAAAGCGCUGUAGCAGAAACUGGCUUAACAACGACUCAAGUUAUAAAGGUAAAUAUAGAUAUCAUAGUGAUGUUAAUGUUGACUAUUUACUAUUAAAGACACUAGAUGACAUACAAAAAUAUACUAAUAUAAACUAGUAUCAGGCCUUGCUUGGAUGAAAACCAAGAUACUUGAUCAAUAGUGCAGCUACUGUGCAUUCAAGGCACUAUUUUCUAUGCACCUACUUAAGCGAGAGUCUACUUCGUAUAUUGUUAUUACAUGCCUAGUUGACAGUCUGAACUUACUGUAACAUGCAUGUUUCCCCAUUGAUGAGUGAAAUUGUCUGGCGUUAGACAAGUAAAAAAAAGUAGGGGCACUGGGGCACAUUACGUCUCAAUGGGUUUAAUGCACCUAUCAAUGUUAAGCCCCAGAGGGGGGGGGGGGUCGGGCAUAGGUGGGGCAUUUGAUUUUUUGAGCAAAUUUCCAAUCAAAUGCCCCACCGUUGGGCAAUAAAUAUUGGUCAAAUGCCCCACCAUCUUGCAAUAAAUUGCAAUAAAUACUAUGUUAAUAACAGUCAUUCGGUUCAAAUUGCCCCAACUCGGGGCCAAAAUGCUAAUCAAAAUCUCCAGGGUGGGGAUGGAAUUGAUAAUCAAAUACCCCACAUAUGCCCGAACCGCCUCCCCCCCCAUUGGGGGUUAACAUUGAUAGGUGCAUAAUAACUAGAGACAUUGUCAGAUUUUUUGGUUAACCCCUUAAAGUGCAGAGCUUCCCCAUUGGCAUUAGACAAGCAAAAAAGUAGGGUGCACUGGGACGCAUUGCGGCUUAAUGAGUUAAUAGGCAUGCACACACGAUCAAGCGCCUUCCUAGGCUAGACCUGUAGGGGUGCACCAGAAACCUUUUUUUAAGUUCCGGCUGGAACUGGAUCUGGCCGGAACUGGAAGAAAGUUCCAGCUGGAACUGAGUCAUAUGGUCAUAUGUUACUUUGUCUGCUGCCAGACAGUCAGACACUUUCAGUCAUGAAACAGAGAGCAUGCAAAUGUUAGAAUAAAAAGAUUGACUAUUGUUAAACAACAUAAUGAAGUGUAAAUAUCCAUGUGUUUGAGUCAAAAUAGUAUAAACAAUCGAGCCAUUUUAUAGUCAAUUGAAACCAUUGUUUUACCUUAAAUUAAUUGAAAGUUCAAACCUAGCUUAUAUAUCAAACAUAUCCGACUGGAUAUUCUGGCCGGAUAGCAAAAAGCUCUACCUCGUUCAGUGGUUCACCCUAGGCUUACUAACAUUGUCUUGGUGAAGCAAUAAAAUGCAAAUAUUCACCCAUGAAAUAUAACCAUGUGGUGAUUCAUCAGUUUUGUAUUCUGCUCUUUUAUGCUACAUAUGUAAUAACAAAGUGAUAAAGUAAGAGUAAGAGCAAAGAGAAAAUCACUCUGCAUUGAUAUUGUGUGCUUCAGGAAAUAUAUCUUCAAAAAUGAUAGAACUCUGGCUAGGGCUCCUGUGCAACUAACACUAAACCACAUCAUGUUGCAUGUUUUAUUUCUUCAAGAAGGUCUCUGUCCGUGCUUUUUUGUCGCCACCAUGACAAUGCACGUCAAUGCUUUUUGUUUUGCUAAACCGUGUUUUCUUGUAUAUAAAUAUAUAGGAUCCUUGUUAAUAAGAUUCAAUAAAGGUUGAGCAAUUGUUCAUAUAACUCAUAAAAGGGUCAAGAUUGUGCCAUAUUGGGGGGAGGGGGGGGGGGAAGGAUUUGGCAUGUUGCAUUUGUCAAAUCGUCGGAAUGAGCUUGGUGACCUCAACUUUUUUUCUGUUUUUAUUAUGAGGAUAUCAUAAACUUCACCGCUGGGAAGUUUCCGCAAAUUCUCAUUUCCAGAACAAUAUUGAUGAAUCGUCUAGAAUCUUAUUUUUAUAAUGUCCUUUAGAUGAGUGCAAAGAUUUGAUGUUGAUUGAGAAAAACCAGUUGGCUUCUGCUGCAUGGAAGCUCACAGGUGAAGAUGAGAAGCAAGUGUUCAAGAGUUCAUCAGAUGACCUCGAAUCAUGGCUGUUGGCAAAAACAUGA